AUGUUCGCCUUCGUGGUGCUGCUGCCCAUCAUGGUGGCGUCGACAAAGAUGCAACAUCGGGCUACGCUGUCGAGGCAGUACAAGGGGCUGAUUUGCAUAGGAGUCUUCAUGGCCCUGAACGUCAGCCUCAACAAUCUCAGCCUGGUCCAGAUAUCCCUGUCCCUCAACCAAGUAAUCAGGGCAUCGAUGCCAGUGGUGGUGGCAGCGGUGGCGGUGUUUGUGGAGAGGAAGGUGCCAACGAGGACGGAGCUGGUGGCGUUACUAAUGCUGACUGCGGGCGUCAUUGUCAGCGUUUUCGAGGGCAAGGCCGGCGGCAACACGUUUGGCAUCUCCCUCAGCAUCACGGGUGUGCUGUGCGCAGCUGCCAUGAUGUCAACGGUGGGAAAGGUGCUGAGCGAGAAGAUGGACGUUCUGCAGCUGGCGUUCUACACCGCGCCUGUAUCAUCCGCUGUCCUGCUGCCCUUCUUCUGGUUCCUGGAGAAGGACCAGUUUCUGGUGUAUGCGGCGGACAACGGCGGGGCAGUUCUGGUGAUAGUGCUGCUGGGAUCUGUCGUGGCGCUCGCUUACAACGUCACCCACAAUCUGCUCCUCAAACGCACCAGUUCAGUCGCGGUGACGGUCCUUGGGGAGGUGAAAAUCGUGGGACUGCUGGUUCUCUCAGCAGCGGUGCUCCCAGGGGAGAGCAGCCAGUUCACAGCACGCAUGACAGCCGGAUGCGUCAUGGCGAUGGUGGGCUUCUGUUUGUAUUCGAACGCGAAGAUCGUGGCGGCCAGGAGGGGGGGUCCCGGCGGGGGGACCUCUGGUGCGGCGCGGGGAACGGCGCCCGAGACGCGGCGCGCUGACGUGGAGGAAGGGGAACCCCUGCUGCAGGCUGAGAGGCCGCGGCCGGAGCAGCAGGCGGUGAUUCAGGUGAUGGACAAGCCGGGCAAGGAGCACGCGCCAAACGCCAAAUUCCACGCCACCGAUGGCCAGAUGCGCGUCGUUGCCAACGUGCAAGCCAGCGCAGCCGCAAACUACAUGCCGCAUGCCACCCGCUGA